UCUGAUAAACCUCUCAAAACUCUCCUCUCAUCACCAACACCAUCUUCUUCUUCUUUCACUUUUUACUCUCUGUAUUUUUAUGCUUUUUUAGGGUUUCGCUAUGAGCAGAUCCGGUCAACCUCCAGAUCUCAAAAAGUACAUGGACAAGCAGCUCCAGAUCAAGCUGAAUGCUAACAGGACAGUGGUUGGAACACUUCGUGGCUUUGACCAGUUCAUGAACCUCGUGAUCGACAACACAGUGGAAGUUAACGGUGAUGAGAAAAAUGAUAUUGGCAUGGUGGUUAUAAGAGGGAAUAGUGUGGUCACUGUUGAAGCACUUGAGCCAGUUGCUAGGAGUCAAUGAUUCGAGAUCCUUAUGAGUAUGAUAACGAUGUAUUCUGUAACUGAAUUCCUUUUUCCCUGAACAGUUCUAGUAGUGACUAAAUUCAACUAAAAGCUGAUUUGCACUUUUGGCGGCCA